AUGACAGUACGUGACAGUACCAUAUGCACCUGCCCUGGCGCAGCGGAGCUUCUCUUCUUCUCUUCUUCUCUUGCUCUCUCACUCCCUUUACUUACUCCCCUUACUCUUCGACUUCUUCUUCUCCUACUUCUUCUUCUUCUUACUGACUCUGUUACUUUAGUCUCUCUAGCACGCCGUCUAGUCUCUUCCUCCUCCUCCUCUGCCUCUCUUCUCAGCUACUACGACUCUGAAACUGGCUGA